CGCGAGUCAAGUCGUGCAUUGUUCUCGACAGGUAAACAUCGCAGACAUUGCCCGAGACACUUGCAUUCCUCUUUUUUCAUCGUUAAUAUUGCUGAUAGGUUUUGGUCUUGUUUAUAGAGCAUCGUUUCUUCGCUACAACUGCGAUGAAUAAUACAAUGAACUACGCGUUGAACAAUUCACCGAGUGAAGAAUUCUCGGAUCUGUGCUACAUCGAUCUCAAGUCGGACGAUCCUUACGAUUUGUUCAACGAUUGGUACAAGGAAGCUUGUAAAUUUUCAACUGGUUUACCAGCAGCGCUCUGCUUGGCUACUGUAUCCAAAGAUUUGAAAGUAAGUGCGAGACACGUGGUAUUGAGAAGAAUAGAGGAAGAUGGUUUCGUCGUUUACACGGAUAAUCGCAGUAGGAAAGCCAAGGAAUUGACUGAAAAUCCAGCGGCUGCCAUGUGUUUCUUGUGGGCUUACGUGAACGAUAAGAAUCAACGAAUCGCUCGACAAGUGCGAAUAGAAGGCGACGUCGUCGUAGCAGACAAAGAGUCCAUCGCUAAACUGUACGAGAAGGACAAGUUGUUCGCUAAGAUUCGAUCUUACAUCUGCCCGCAAGAUCAGGAAGUCGAUUGGGGCGAGUUGAAGGCCAAGCACGAUAAACUCCUCAACGAAGUUCGACUCAACAAGAAAAGCCUUCCGAUGCCCGAUCACUAUGUCGGCUACAAACUCGUGCCAACAGCCAUCGAAUUUUACUACGCCAGGGACACUUUGAUAGGCGAUCGAAUUCUAUUCGAGCGAGACAGUCCGUCGUCAAGCUGGAUGCACAAGAGAAUCGCAGCCUGAACGACUUGCAGAAAAAAAAGAACAACGUGUUCACAAGAUCAUUGAUUCAGCUAAUCUGUCUUCUCAUUGUCUAAUAUAUUGCUCUUAUUGCUCGUUGGCUUUUUUUUUGUAUUAUGACUAAACACAUAAUUAUUAUUACGUGUAUUUUUAUCCGUUUCUAUAUACAAUAUUUUUUCUAUCCAAACACUAUACGCCACUAUGUAUUCAUUUUGAUAGUACUUAAUUUACU